CCUCCUGCAGCCUCCCUCCUCCCUCCGCCUCCCUCCCUAAAACAUCCCCGCACCGCCCGGCGGCCGCGGCCACCUUCCCUGCCGGAGCUGCAGAUGUGGCGGAGCGGCCGGGCGCUGGGCGGCCGUGCCAGGGGAGCCCGCGCCCCGUGAGCCUCGCGCCCCGGCCCCUCCCCCGCUCGCUCCCCGGCGCCCCCCGACCGCCGGAGCCCGCAGCCGGGAGCGCGACCGCCCCCGCCGCCGAGGUUCCUGCCUGAACACCAGCUUGGGAGCUCCCCUCUGCUUGCUGCCACCUCCAGCCCCAGCCCCCUCACCAUGCACUCCUUGGACGAGCCGCUUGACCUGAAGCUGAGCAUCACCAAGCUCCGGGCGGCGAGAGAAAAGCGGGAGCGGACACUCAGUGCGGCCCGGCACCAAGUCCUGCACAGGGAACUGGGCCUGGUGGACAGCAGCCCCACCCCGGGCUCUCCAGGCUCCCCCCCCUCAGGCUUCCUGCUGAACCCCAAGUUCCCUGAGAAGGUGGAGGGACGCUUUUCGGCAGCCCCUCUGGUGGACCUCAGCUUGUCACCACCAUCUGGGUUGGACUCCCCCAACGGCAGCAGCUCAUUGUCCCCUGAGCGGCAGGGCAGUGGGGACCUGCCUGCAGUGCCCACCAUCCCGGACUUCCAGCCACUGCGCUACCUGGACGGCGUCCCCAGCUCCUUCCAGUUCUUCCUGCCUCUGGGCUCUGGGGGGGCCCUGCGCCUGCCUGCCCCCUCCUUCCUCACCCCCACCAAGGACAAGCGCCUCUCGCCAGAGCCACUCCUGCCCAAGCAGCUGGUGUGUCGCUGGGCCAAGUGCAACCAGCUCUUUGAGCUCCUGCAAGACCUGGUGGACCACGUCAACGACUACCACGUGAAGCCUGAGAAGGACGCAGGGUACUGCUGCCACUGGGAGGGCUGUGCGCGCCACGGCCGUGGCUUCAAUGCCAGGUACAAGAUGCUCAUCCACAUCCGCACGCACACCAACGAGAAGCCGCACCGCUGCCCCACCUGCAGCAAGAGCUUCUCCCGCCUGGAGAACCUGAAGAUCCACAACCGGUCACACACAGGUGAGAAGCCCUACAUCUGCCCCUAUGAGGGCUGCAACAAGCGCUACUCCAACUCGAGCGACCGCUUCAAGCAUACGCGCACCCACUACGUGGACAAGCCCUACUACUGCAAGAUGCCCGGCUGCCUCAAGCGCUACACGGACCCCAGCUCACUGCGCAAGCACAUCAAGGCCCACGGCCACUUUGUCUCCCACGAGCAGCAGGAGCUCCUGCAACUGCGCCCACCCCCCAAACCGCCACUGCCCACUCCCGACGGUGGCCCCUAUGUCAGUGGGGCCCAGAUCAUCAUCCCCAGCCCUGCUGCCCUCUUUGGAAGCCCUGGUCUGCCAGGCCUGCCCCUGCCCCUGGCCCCUGGCCCCCUUGACCUCAGCACCUUGGCCUGUGGCAGUGGUGGGGGCGGUGGGGGCACAGGGGGCAUGGGCCCUGGGCUGCCAGGCCCUGUCCUGCCCCUUAAUCUGGCCAAGAACCCACUGCUGCCCUCGCCCUUUGGGGCUAGCGGACUGGGCCUGCCUGUGGUCUCCCUCCUUGCUGGCUCCGCUGGCGGUAAGGCCGAGGGGGAGAAGGGGUGUGGGGCUGUGCCCGCUAGGGUGCCGGGCAUGGAGGGCCGCAAGACACCCCUCGGGAGGACUGAAAGCAGUCGUCCCCGGCCAGGCCCCGAUGGACUCCCCCUGCUGCCGGGCACCGUGUUGGACCUGUCCACAGGGGUCAACUCGACAGCCAGCAGCCCAGAGGCCCUCACUCCCGGCUGGGUGGUCAUCCCACCCGGCUCUGUGCUGCUCAAACCAGCUGUGGUGAACUGAACCCGCCGCCCGGACGGCUCCCCAGCCCAGCUAGCAGCUUGCGGGCCUGCCGCUGACGAACAGAAGCUCUUCUGUGAAAUAGCAAUAAUGUCCUCUUGGCCCUGCGGCCUGGCUGGCUGUGUGCCCCUGGGCAGACUCUGCCCCAGAUGAGCCGGGCAGCAAGGAUGGUGCUAGGUCCUUGCUGCGUCCGGGGCUCCUGAGGGAGGAACCAGGCCUGCCCCUGCCAUCCCCUAGGCCCGCACCCUGACCUGGACAGGCCACUCUCCAUCCCGGCCUGGCCCCACGUGCCCCAGCAGGGGUGGGUGAGGUCGCAUGUGCUCUCCCUGCUGGCCUGGGGCUCCCCCACCUCACACAGUGACCUCUGAGGAGACCCUGGGCUUGCGGCCGCACGGUGUCCUGCCUGGCCUCACCAGGCUCCUGCUCUGGGACCCCCUGGACCCUUCCCUCUGGCUGUCUCUCCAGAGGGAGAGCAAGACAGACACAGGCCCCAGCGAAGCCGCAGGAAAACGCCAUCUUACCCUACGACAAGGCGCCUCUCCCAUCUAGAGAGGCCCGCUCUGCUAGCUGCCCAUCACCGCUGACCCUUUAACACGGCCAGCACUGCCUGAGGGGCCGGGUGCUCUCCAAAGUGCAGGGACAGCUGACCCCUCACCUGCCCUUUCACCACUGGGCCUCCUCCCUCCGUUUAGGGGGGGAGGUGCCAGCACCUGGCUGGCCUAGCUCAGGUGUGGGUGGGGCUGGGCCUGGUCUGAGACAGUGCCCGCCCCACACAGGGACUGUGGAGGCCCGCAGGGUGUCAGGAGGUGGGAGCUGGUUGGGGACAACCCCAGGCUGAGACAGCUCCCAUUCUGGGGGCACCAGGUCACAGACACAGGUGAGGUAGGGCUCUAGGCCAGUGCUGAGUAUGGGAAGUUUUUGGAGUCUGCAGAUUGAAGAUCUGGGAUUUGGGGGUGGCGAAGCAGCCAAAGAGGCAGCACCUCUGCCUGGGAAGGGGAAACCAGACAUGGCUGUUCCCUUUGUCUCAUCAGCUGAACUGUCCGAGCCACAUCCCCGAUUCCUGCUGACCCACAGCCCGCUCUAUCCCAGCGCCAAGCUCCCCACAGCACGUGCUCCCCCAACCCUGAGUCCUCGCUCUUCCAGGAGAGCACCUGGUGUGUCUGGGAGGCUCUGGCUCCUGGCCCUGCCCUGCCCUUGGCCGCUGCGUCUCCCCAGCCCUAGAACAAGGGAGCUGCAGGACAGUGGCGGGGUCCUUAAGCUUGUGGCACCAGGGUCCCCGUUGCUCCUCUGAGUAGCUCUGCUUAACCCCGCCCUUCUGUCCCAGAGGGGUCACCCCGACAAGGCCCAGCGGUGCUGGCUCUGCGCCUAGAAGGGGCUGGGAGCGAAGCAGGAGGGAGCUGGCCUCCCUUUUCUGGGCUCCACCCAGGGGUAAGGGCCCCAGGCUUUAAGUCCCUGGCCGGAGGGAGGGCUGAGACUGAAGCCCAGGAGCAGAGGAACAGGGCGCCGGAAGGUGGCGCCAGCUCAGCAUGUGGCUGACAGACCAGGCUCGGAGGGCCGGUGUGUGUGUUGUCGUUGUCGGUCUGUCGUUGCACAUCCCAGGAUAUCAGUGUUUUAACAGGUUCCAAGUGCCUUUCUAUAGUAGCUUAUGUUUUUCCUCCUCUUGGCUCCAUUGCUGUUAGCAUAGAGUUAACAAAAAAAAAAAAGAAAAAAGAGAUAAGCUAAUGACUAUAACAAUAUAUUCCUCCAUGUGAGAGGAAGUUUAUAAAGAAACAAUAAAAGUGAGUUGCAAA